GGUGAAUGUAUUGAAAAUAAUUUAUGUAAAUGUUUAAUUGGAUUUUAUGGAAAUAAAUGUCAAUUUAAAUCAAAUCCUUGUAAUUUAUUUAAUGGUUUAUGUUUAAAAGAAGAAAAUUAUGAAUGUAAUGCUUAUUUUAAUAUGAGUACGGGGGCAAUAGAAUUAUUGUGUAAAUGUGGAGAGAAUGAUAAUAAUGAAGGUUGGAAAAAUUUGGAAGCUUUUUUCGAUUUUAAUUAUACGGACGAACCUCACUAUAAGCUAUUCUAUAGCUUAGAUAAGCUUCAAUUUAAAGGAAUAAUUUCGGAAUACUAA